UUGUCCAAAACCAACGCUUUCCACUUAGUAAAUACAUAUAAUAAACAACAAAAUGAUACAUUAAUAAGGAAAUGUCUCAAAUCCAAAACGUGUAAAUGAUUGGUUGAAUUCUUCUUGUAAUUUCAGGGUUCAUGAAGGGCAUUGUGGUCAUCAAGGGUAUAAUAUAUAUCUACCAUGUCUUGAGUCUUGACAAUUUUCGUCUGCUAAUACAGUUCAAAAGGCUCAUCUGAGUUUCCAAAGCCACCAUUAUUCAUGAUGGAUGCAGAAGAAGUCUUGAAGCUCUAUGAUUCAUGCUGGUUUGGGCAUCAAAAUUUAAAGGAACACACAACAAGUUCACCAACACCAAGUCCUCAUGAGAAUUCUUCAGAUCAUCAAAUAAGAGAAGAACCAAUGCUUUUACGCAUCCAAAGCAGUCACAGCAGGUCCAUGAGCGACCAGUUGAGUUCCAUGACAUGUUUCAAGGAUGAUUCUCUCUCCCCAGACUCAGUUUUCUCACCAAAGCUUCAAACAAUUCUCUCAGGAAAAGAUGUCACAGACUCAGAAGCAGCACAGGUGCAGCAUCAACUAGUAUUGUUGCCUAAGAAUAGGGAAAGGAGGAAGAAAAGGUCAAGCAAGAGUUUAUCAGACCUUGAAUUUGAGGAGCUAAAAGGGUUCAUGGAUUUGGGGUUUGUUUUCUCAGAGGAAGAUAAGGACUCAAGUUUGGCUUCAAUCAUACCUGGCUUGCAAAGGUUAGGGAAGAGUGAUGAGGAAGAAGAGGAUUCUGAAGGAUCCUCAGUCCAAAGACCUUACCUCUCUGAAGCAUGGAAGAUUCAAGAAAGGAGAAAGAAAGAGAACCCUCUCAUGAAUUGGAAGAUUCCUGCUCUGAACAAUGAAAUUGACAUAAAAGAUAGUCUCAGGUGGUGGGCUCAAACCGUUGCUUCCACUGUUAGAUGAUGAAUUUUUUGUUAUUCAAGUUUUUCUUGUAUUACAUAUAUUUUGCUUAUCAUAUCUUUGAAAUUUUGUUCAACUUUUUGCUAUAGCAGCAGCUUUUUAACCUUUUUCCUUCUCUGGAUUUUCUGGAAUUCCACAUUGUAAUUUCAGACUAAAGGAGGGGAAUGCAUCUCAGCUUUUAAGAUCAUUGUA